CUGUUACAUCAUUGAUUUUUGCCCCCUGGACGGCAAAUUACUUUGGUUUUAGCUAAGCCUCGCUGUUUGACAUGCUUAAUGAUUGAAUCGCCAAUAAUUAUGGUGCUGGGGCGGUCAUUGGUUGCGAUAGGUUGACUGGUUUCAAGUUGUUCUUUAGAUGGCUCAGAUGUUGAAGAAUUGCCUUUAAUAUUGUUCAGAUCUUUGGAUAGUUCAUUAAUAUCUUUCAGCAGCUUUUCAUUUUCCUUUCUAAAAUUGAAGUUGACUGAAUUUGCUUUGUUAAGAUCUUCACUAAUUUGUUUGAUAACUUCUUUUAUGGUGUGAAGGGAUGGUUUUACAUGAAGGGCAAAACCAAGUUGGCCUUUUGCCCGCACCAGUAAACCCAACACAUUUUGGAUGAAACUGUCAUACACGAUACGAAACUUAAAGGUUUUCCUGUGAAAUUACCGCAUGAAGAAGGCAUUACUUAUCAGCCAGAAAAUGAUUACUUUUAAAACUAAAAAUGUUAUGUUGACAAGUCAAAAUCAUGUCUGGCAAACUGAAUCUGAUUUAAAGGAUAGACCUAUGAUCGAUAUGUUCCCCAAUUUUUUGGAAACGGAAGAGAAACUCCGACAAGACGCAGUUUUACCGGUAUUUGCAAACACAACUGAUGGAGUUGGCUCGAUGGGACAUACAGAUCCAACAAUGAGUAAAUUCUUCAUUAAAGACGGAAAACCAAUAUUAUUCGGUGAAUUUUUUAGCGUCAUAGUUGAAGCCCACGACGCAAACGGUCGUCAUCGUGUCCAAGGAGGUGACUUUUGGUACCCAGUUGUCUCGAAUGAAAAUAGAUUUGCUACUGCAGGAAAAGUUAUCGACUUUAAAAAUGGAACUUAUGAGAUAGUUUUUUUCGCCGGGUGGAACGGAGAAAUGACAGUGAACAUUAAACUUGUGCACACAAGCGAGGCUGUUCGGUUCAUCUUACAUGAAAUAUGGCACAAGGGAGGCCGAACAGUAUGGGAAGGUCUAUUCAAAGUAGGAAAAAAGGUAGAGACAUCGUUAUGUAGAUUAGAAACAAGCGGUAUCUGGCGUAAUCAAUGUGAAUACCCGAACCCCCAGGCGCUAGGUGGAAGUUUAGUACUACUUUGUGAUCGCCCGUCCACUUUGCCGUGUUCAGCAUUUUAUGCUUUACAUACAAGUAAAGGUUCUACAGCAAAUGCUACAAAGAUAUAUUCACCAUUAAGAGAAACGCAUGACGAUUUUUUUACAAGUAAAAAUAAUUUCGCACGGUUAACAAAUGGACCGAUUCAAUUGAAAAGUGAAACAAAUAAAAGCUUCGACACAAUCGACUCCGUCAUUAAAUCAUUAAAACUACAACGAUGCCGACCGGAUGUACCAGAACCUUUGAGUGAUGGAUUCUGGGAAAACAAAAUAUGGCAUUCAUUUUCUUGCAAUACAAAACAAUGGACACUCGAUGAGAUCAAAGUUUGUGUUAAGGGGAGGAAGCUAUUAUUUAUAGGGGAUUCAACGUCGCGGCAGUGGUAUCACAAGUUACUUGCUUACCUUGGAUUUUCCCUUCCAAAAGAUAUGAAACAGACAGCAAUGAAUCUACAAAGCGACAUUGUAAACGUGACUUUUAUGUUCCAUUCGUACAUUGUCAGUACCAGACUGGAAUUGGACAAUUUGGCAAACUUCGAGGUUGAUCAAUUGAAUUCGUUACCAACAGACACAUGUGAUUACAUCAUUACAAUAAGUCCCUUUGCCCACUAUGAGCAUUGGACAAAGGAGGCAUAUAUAACUCGUCUUGAAAACAUUCGUACAGGGAUAAUCAAAUUCAGAAAAAGAUGCCCAGCAGCAAUUUUUGCCAUCAAAGGCUCGCAUGCCAGACGAAUAAGGGCUGAAAAGAAGAAAGAAAUAAAUGGGUAUUUUACAAGUGAUUUGCUCUUAUACCAGUUUCGAAGGCUCUUACGUGAGACAUUCUCAGGGAUGAACGUUCAUUUCUUAGACAUUUGGGACAUGAAUCUCUCGUAUUACACUCCUAAUGAAAUGCAUAUGCCAUUUGAUGUAAUAUUACAAGAACUCUUUAUGUAUUUUUCUUAUGUUUGUCUGCAAUAAUGUUUCUAACAAUCGAAUGAUAAUCUAGUUGUGAUUAUGUGGGAAGUCGUAAGAAGUUCAUUACAGUAGUAGUACUGUAUUCAAAUCGUAACGUCAAAACUGUAAUGAAAAGUUAAAUGUUUUAAUACAUGUAACGGGUAUAGACUAUAACUGAAACAUACUAUAACACAGAGUCGGUACAACAAUGUAUAUGUUAGAAAGUUGAGACGUUUAUUCGGCAAUCACAAAUCCAAGACUCAGCUGGAUGUACAAAAGCAGGCACUUAAAUAGAAGAGUUAUCUACAAGAAUGGUUUACCAUGUGGGUUUAAGGGAUUAACAAUAUAGAAAUAGGUGUGAAACGGAUUGACUACAGGGGGUGGAAUGGACACAGGAUAUGGUAAGGUUUAUUAAUUAAAACUAGAGAAAGAAAGACUGUAUUCUAGAACAAAGGACAUUACAGAAGGUAUAAUAAUUAAAACAAGUAGACGUUUAGUCUACUGACUACAUACAA